UUUGGCCUUAGCUUCCUAAGUAGCUGGGACCAGGCUGGCAUGCUAGUGCCCUUUGUGCUGGGCUCAAGUACUUUAAAAAAAAGAUUUUAAUAUUUUUAUUUUUAGAUUUAUUAGGUUAUUUAGACUUUAUUUUUAGAUUUAUUUUAUAUGAAUGUGGUUUUGCUUGCAUAUGUGUCUGUGUAUCGUGUGUGCCUGGUGCCUGAGUAUGUCAGCAGAGGGCACUAGAUUACCUAGAACUGCAGUUAUGGGUGGUUGUGAGACACUGUAUGGGUACUGGGAAUUGAACCUGGGUUCAGACCCUGGAGAAAAAAAAAUUGGUUAAACUUCCCAGUGCCCAUUCCAAACUCCAGGGUCCUGAACCCAGGAAUCCUCUGUAAGAACAAUUUCUCUUAACCAUGGAACCAAGCAUCUCUCCAGCCCCUCACAUACUUUUUUUUUUUAAACAAGACAGGUUUCACUAUGUGGCUAUUCUGGAACUCCUUAUGUAGAUUCAGUAGAGUCUGUCUCCCUCUACUCCCCAAAUCCUGGGAUUAAAAGUUUUAAAGGUCUGCACCACCAUGCCUAAUUCCCCCAGUUUUAAGCCACACAGAACACCUAGAGCAAUGUCUAGCAACUAAAAGCAAAUCCAUAGGAUGUUUCUUUUGUAUUGUAUGGCCAAACAAAUCGUGAGGUAUAUAGGUGUCUGCCAGAGGAAGGAACAGUGUAAAAAGCACCGGCUUUUUCAUGUGUUUGGAAUGGGCACUGGGAAGUUUAACCAAAUUUUUUUUUCUCCAGGGUCUGACAAUUCUUGAUGCCAGCACCACAGUUCCGUGUUGCUGGAUGGUUUUUUGGCUAGUCCUCUUUUAUCUACCGGUCUAAAUAGUCUUUUUCUGCAAGUGUUCAGGGUAGUUGGAAGACAAGAUAGACGAACUUUUUAAACAUUUGUGAGUUCAAGCAAGGUAGGUCACCUGGCUUAGUGUCGCAUACCUUUAAUCCCGGCACUUGGGAGGCAGAGGCAGAGGCAGAGGCAGAGGCAGAGGCAGAGGCAGAGGCAGAGGCAGGCGGAUCUCUAAAUUCAAGGCCAGCCUGCUCUAAAGCCAGUUUCAGGACAGCCAGGACUACACAGAAAAACUCUGUCUCAAAAGAAUAAACAAAAAAGAAAAUGAAAAAAAAUGCAAUUUGGUAUUUUUCAGUUACUAGAAAGUUGCUAGAAACUGGACAUAGUGGCUGCACAUUUGUAAUCCCAUGCCUCCAAAGGCAAAGACAGGAUUACGGUGAAUUCCUGGCCUCUCUGGCCUACAUAGACCAGAUCUCAAAAACAAAAUGGGCGCGUGGAUUGUUCGAGACCUUUUAGCCGUUAGCUGCUGGUUCGGGCUUAAGUUACAGCUCUAUAUUCAAAUGGCGCACUUGGGUGAUGAACAGUGAUACCUCGUACAGGAAGCACUGGAGCUGGUAUCAGAAAUUCAUAGUUCUAGAAUUCAAAUUUGCUUUAUGAUCAUACGUAAUAGGUGGGGGCAGAAAAGGCGGGAAUACGUCAGUUCCCAUGUUCCCCGGGGGCACUGCCCUAUAAAAGGCGCUGCUCCGUGCGCGCCCGUUUCAUAACGCUCGGGGGAGCCGUUGGUGGUUGUGAGCUGUCGUCGGACACGGGAAAUCAGUUAUAUUCUUAACAUGGAUACAAGCAGCAGCAGUGAAGAAUACAUGCCUGAAUUGCCAAGGCAGAGAAAGGCCAGCUGUGUGGUGAUUGACUCGGACUCUGACAAUCCCCAUGAUGAAAACAGUGCUAAGAUCUGUGAAAUAAGCAGUGAAGAUGAGUCUUCUGACACUGAUCAUUCCAAAGGUCAGAAGCUUCCAAUAAUUAUUAUUGAUGAUGAUGAUGGCAACCCCGGUGGUUCGAGGGAUUCUGAGCAGAAAAAUGAUGAGUGCCAAAUGCCAGUACUUGAAAAAGAGGGGGUUGAAUGUAUUGGUUCUGGUCCCACUUCACCUCAUGAUGUCUGUGAAAUAUGGGAUCUUUGUGGAAGUUCCAACCAACCAUCAAGUGAGCCUGAGCCAGAAGGGGAGCUGGAGCCCAAGGGGGAGCCCGAAUCUGAGGUCAAGGGGGAGCCCAAAUCUCAGCCCAAGGGGAAGCCCAAAUCUCAGCCCAAGGGGGAGCCCAAAUCUGAGGUCAAGGGGGAGCCCAAAUCUCAGCCCAAGGGGGAGCCCGAAUCUCAGCCCAAGGGGGAGCCCAAGGGGGAGCCCGAAUCUCAGCCCAAGGGGGAGCCCAAGGGGGAGCCCGAAUCUGAACCCAAGGGGGAGCCCGAAUCUGAACCCAAGGGGGAGCCCGCAUCUGAACCCAAGGGGGAGCCCGAAUCUGAACCCAAGGGGGAGCCCGAAUCUGAACCCAAGGGGGAGCCCGAAUCUCAGGCCAUGGGGGAGCCCGAAUCUGAGCCCAAGGGGGAGCCCGAAUCUGAGCCCAAGGGGGAGCCCGAAUCUCAGGCCAUGGGGGAGCCCGAAUCUGAACCCAAGGGGGAGCCCGAAUCUGAACCCAAGGGGGAGCCCGCAUCUGAACCCAAGGGGGAGCCCGCAUCUGAACCCAAGGGGGAGCCCGCAUCUGAACCCAAGGGGGAGCCCGAAUCUGAACCCAAGGGGGAGCCCGAAUCUGAACCCAAGGGGGAGCCCGAAUCUGAACCCAAGGGGGAGCCCGAAUCUCAGGCCAUGGGGGAGCCCGAAUCUGAACCCAAGGGGGAGCCCGAAUCUCAGGCCAUGGGGGAGUCCGAAUCUGAACCCAAGGGGGAGCCCGAAUCUCAGGCCAUGGGGGAGCCCGAAUCUGAACCCAAGGGGGAGCCCGAAUCUCAGGCCAUGGGGGAGCCCGAAUCUGAACCCAAGGGGGAGCCCGAAUCUCAGGCCAUGGGGGAGCCCGAAUCUCAGGUCAUGGGGGAGCCCGAAUCUCAGGUCAUGGGGGAGCCCGAAUCUGAACCCAAGGGGGAGCCCGAAUCUGAGCCCAUGGGGGAGCCCGAAUCUGAGCCCAUGGAGGAGCCCGAAUCUCAGGCCAUGGGGGAGCCCGAAUCUCAGGCCAUGGGGGAGCCCGAAUCUCAGGCCAUGGGGGAGCCCGAAUCUCAGGCCAUGGGGGAGCCCGAAUCUCAGGCCAUGGGGGAGCCCGAAUCUCAGGCCAUGGGGGAGCCCGAAUCUCAGGCCAUGGGGGAGCCCAAGGGGGAGUCUGAUUCUGAGGCCAAGGGGGAACCCGAGCAAGAAAUUACAGCCGAAGAAGCCAAGAAGAAAAGGGCUGCAUAUCUGCUGGCACAACAAAGGAAAAGGAAGAGAAAGAACAGGUUCAUAUGUAUGUCAUCUAGUAAGCCACGUAGGAAACGUCGUAGGGCUAACCCACAGGAAGUGCCCAGCCUGCCAAGUACAUCUGAUAAUCUUAGUCUUAGUACUCCUGAUGAGCCAGGACCAUCGAGCCAGCCUGUUCAUCCUCCCAAAGGCAUGGCUUUAAGGAAAGGGAGAGGCAAAGGGGCAAAGGCACGCAAGUAAGAAGGGUCUUUUUGCAAAUGGGGUUGGGGAGCUCCAGUGUCCAAUUUCUUAUGCUUCAGUAUAUUAGCAUUUACUGUUCAGUCCUCUUGGAGUGCUUUUUCCCCUGAAUACUCUGUCCAGAGGAUAUCCUGAGUCAUUACCCCCCAAACCUGGACUCUGGAUAAUUGUCAAUUUCUCCUUGCAGCUAUAAGAGUGGCUCCUCCCCCUAAGUCCCCAGUUUUAGAGUUUUUCUCAAGUAUUGUAACUUUACCAAACUUCUUCUCAGUAGUCUGUUCUUAAGAAGACUCUUUAUGAUUUAUUCAGAGAGUCUAUCCUGGUGAGUGGCAUGUAACAGAUGUUUAAUAAAUUUGUUAAAUAAACGGCACUAUUGGUU